GCUGAGCACGCACGCCGCCGGCCUGGCGGGGUUCGCGGGGCCCGGGCCCAGCCGCUGCCUUCUCCAGGCGCUCCUACUCUCCGGACAUCUGCAGUCCGAGCGGAAGGGGCGGGAACGCCGGCGACGCCGACGAGCAAAGCCCACACUCGGCUUCCCCGAGCAGCGGACGGCCGCUUUCCUCCCCGCGCAGACGCGCCGCCUAGGAGGGGGCGGGCCCGGCGGGUCGGGGGGCGGGGCCGGGGUCCGAGUUCGGGCCCGCCUCCGUCUCCGCCAGCUCCUGUGAGCCGCCGAGUGCUAGGCACCCGGGCUCUUCUGGGGGCUCCAGUCAGAGGCGCCGCCCAAGAGACCCUGGGCCGGCGCCGGGCGCAGCUGCCUCUCCGUCUUUGUGUCUGUCUCUGUGUCUGUCUGGCUAUCUCCGAGUUUGCCUCCGCUUCCAGAACUAAGCCACCCAGACACCAUCAUCCCAAAAACCCCAGCCCUUCUCCCAUGGCAGGCUACUUGCCCCCCAAAGGCUACGCCCCUUCGCCCCCACCUCCCUACCCUGUCACCCCUGGGUACCCGGAGCCGGCGCUACAUCCUGGGCCCGGGCAGGCGCCAGUGCCCGCCCAGGUACCUGCCCCAGCUCCCGGCUUCGCCCUCUUCCCCUCGCCCGGCCCCGUGGCCUCGGGGUCUGCUGCCCCCUUCUUGCCACUGCCAGGGGUGCCUUCUGGCCUCGAAUUCCUGGUGCAGAUUGAUCAGAUUUUGAUUCACCAGAAGGCUGAGCGAGUGGAAACGUUCCUAGGCUGGGAGACCUGUAACCGCUAUGAACUGCGCUCUGGGGCCGGGCAGCCCCUGGGUCAGGCGGCCGAGGAGAGCAACUGUUGCGCCCGUCUGUGCUGUGGUGCCCGCCGGCCGCUGCGUGUCCGCCUGGCCGACCCCGGGGACCGCGAGGUGCUGCGUUUGCUCCGCCCGCUGCACUGUGGCUGCAGCUGCUGCCCCUGUGGCCUCCAGGAGAUGGAAGUACAGGCUCCACCAGGCACCACCAUCGGCCACGUGCUACAGACCUGGCAUCCCUUCCUCCCCAAGUUCUCCAUCCAGGAUGCCGAUCGCCAGACAGUCUUGCGAGUGGUGGGGCCCUGCUGGACCUGUGGCUGUGGCACAGACACCAACUUUGAGGUGAAGACUCGGGAUGAAUCCCGCAGUGUGGGCCGCAUCAGCAAGCAGUGGGGGGGCCUGGUCCGAGAAGCCAUCACGGAUGCAGAUGACUUUGGCCUACAGUUCCCGCUGGACCUGGAUGUGAGGGUGAAGGCUGUGCUGCUGGGAGCCACGUUCCUCAUUGACUACAUGUUCUUUGAGAAGCGAGGAGGCGCUGGGCCCUCUGCCAUCACCAGUUAGAGGCCACCAUGGUGUGAGGAGACCAUCACCUCGACCAGAACUCCAGAUGGUCGCCUGCCCUGGCCCCUCCUCCGGGCAGCCCCUUUCCUCGAUGUACACUGCAGGGGACAGAAGGGGGCCCCCAUCCCUACCCUACUCCCUGGCCGCCUGCCCCUGUGGUCCCCAAGGAGGGGUAUGUAUGAGAGCCCCUCUCCUGCUACCUCCCACCACUGUCCCAGCAGUCCCUCGGCACACAAGCAUAUCGGCUUUCACACUUUCCCCAUGCACUCCCUCCCACCCCCUUCCAGGGCCUCUGCUCCAAAGGAGGCCUCUGGAACCCAGGACUCUGGGGUUUUACAAGAGGGCUGGGGUGGGGAAGGGCAAGCUGCACCAAAGACGGCGGACAUAGCCACCGCCCCCCUCCCAGCAUCUGCUUGGCCAAUUAGUUCAGCCUCAGACCAUGGCACUUCGAUGGGGUCUCUACCUCCCCAUCAACAGCUGCAGGGGGACCCCAGUGCCAAAUUCCUCUCCCACUAGGGCCCUGCCCUCAGCUGGUGCUUGCUGCGAUUCCUGUGCCUUAUGCAACCGCCCUUCCUUCCCUUGCCCUAGGAAAAAGGCUGCAUCUUUAUAUGUUACAUUCAUAUAAACUUUGUAACUUUUUGGACAUUGAAA